AACAUAAAAAAUGUGAUUUAUGUGAGAACUCAGCAUUAGUGAGAAAAAAAAAGGAAAAAGAAAAAAGAAAUAAACUUUGCUCAUCUCAGCUUCUAACCAAAGUCAAUAUUUUAUCAAUAAGCUCAAUCCUAAUCCCUAAUUUGCUUCUCUACACCUUUUACUUUUAGGUUGGUACCUUAAACUGAAGGAAGGAUUACAAAAAUUGCUCUCUUCUAGAACACAAAUUAAUUCCAGCAGAAAGAUGCUCAAGAGCAGAUCCAGAUGCAUUUUUCUUUCCGGAACUCUGAAUUCCCGAGGCUUCGACAGACGCUUCUCUGCACAAAGAAGCAAGCUUGAAGGCAAGGUGGCUCUGAUUACUGGAGCAGCAAGUGGCAUUGGGAAAGAAACUGCAACCCGGUUUAUCUCCCAAGGAGCCAAAGUUGUGAUUGCUGAUAUUCAGCAUCAAUGUGGCAUGGACCUAGCAACAGAACUUGGAUCAAAUGCCUCAUUCUUCCCCUGCAAUGUGACGAAAGAGUAUGAUAUCUCCAAUGCAGUUGACUAUGUUGUCUCCAAAUACAGACACUUGGACAUUAUGUACAAUAAUGCAGGUGUCGCAUGCCACACUCCUCCUAGCAUAAUUGACCUAGAUCUUGCAAUGUUUGACCAAGUCAUGGCAAUUAACGUCAGAGGGAUUUUAGCAGGGAUCAAGCACGCUUCCCGUGUGAUGAUACCGCGUCAAAGUGGUUCCAUCCUGUGCACGACAAGUGUCACUGGGCUAAUGGGGGGUUUAGCGCCGCAUACAUAUUCAGUAUCAAAGUCAUCAGUGAUAGGAAUGGUGAAAUCUGUUGCAUCAGAGUUGUGCAAACAUGGGAUCCGAAUUAAUUGCAUAUCACCAUUUGCAAUUCCAACCGCAUUUUCCAUUGAAGACAUGAGCCGGUUCUUUCCAGGAGUGGAAACACAAAGGCUCAUUGAAAUGAUUCAUAAUGCAGGUGCACUAAAGGGAGCAAAAUGUGAGCCGGUUGAUGUAGCCAAUGCUGCACUCUAUCUUGCAUCCGAUGAUGCCAAGUACGUUACUGGGCAUAAUCUUGUAGUAGAUGGCGGUUUUACAUCCUUCAAGGCUUUGGAGUUUCCAGCACCAGGUCAAUUACAAUAAGAAUGCAAGUUGUACACUGACUUAUUGUACUACUAGUUUAUUAGAAUUUCUGUUUUGUCAUCUCUAUCUAGAGCAUUAAUCAUGUACAUUAUAGUAGCCUUCUUACACCAACAUCUUAAACUCUUCCUUCAGUAAGUUACAUAUUUUUCACUC